AUGGCAGAGGACGGGCGAAAACUACAACGCCGGCUCGAGCAAGAUGCCGCAAUCACAAUUCUCCUACAGCCGUCCCCACCAAUACAUAUGAGACGAGCACAUUGCCGGGCAAACGGAUGUUUCAUCACAAAUGUGUCGCCAAGAGGAGAUAGCCUAGUCAUGGGUGAUUACCGAAUUGCCCCUGUGAGCCAUAACCUCGAGUAUUUCCACAUAUCGUGCCUAGAGAAGAUGAUCGAUCUUCUAUCGCUAACGCCGUCUCGGUUUAAGCUCGACACAGAUGGUUAUCGGUGGAAUGGCGGCUGGCCUUGGACAUGGGACCUGAUGUUGCGGGAAUAG